UUGUCUUCAACCAUAUCUUACCGAUUCUCACAAGGCGAAACUUGCGUUUUUAUUGUGAAUGUUUUCGAACAUAAUAAUAGUAUAUCCUCCCCUUCUCAAUUAUAAUAUGAGUCUCUCCUAAAGUUUAGUAGUGGACUCGCCCAUUGACAACGGAGCAGGGCUGUGUGGUGUCAGGUCUCUCGCUCAAUGAUGAGGUUUCAACGUGAAAGUUUUGUUGAGGACACUCCUUCAGGACCCGACGGACCAAGCCUACAGCCGUCAAGCUGGGGGACAUAUAAGCUCUUUCAGUUUCUUAAAGGGUGCUAGCAGAAAAACGCAGAAACUUCAGUGGAGAGGAGCAAGGGUCUGGGAUUAGCGUGUGAAAGAGAUUCAUCAUGGGAAAACAGAACAGCAAGUUGCGCCCAGAGGUCCUGAAUGACCUGCGAGAGAACACAGAGUUCACAGACCACGAGCUGCAGGAGUGGUACCGCGGUUUCCUUAAGGACUGCCCUUCCGGCCACUUAACGGUUGAGGAAUUCAAGAAGAUCUAUGCCAAUUUCUUUCCGUAUGGGGAUGCAUCAAAGUUCGCAGAGCAUGUUUUUCGAACCUUUGACACCAACGGUGAUGCCACCAUUGACUUCCGGGAGUUCAUAAUUGCGCUGAGUGUGACCUCGCGUGGAGCCCUGGAACAGAAGCUCCGCUGGGCCUUUAGCAUGUAUGAUUUGGAUGGCAAUGGAUACAUCAGCCGAGCUGAAAUGCUGGAGAUUGUACAGGCAAUUUAUAAAAUGGUGUCAUCUGUGAUGAAGAUGCCCGAGGAUGAGUCAACUCCAGAGAAACGCACAGACAAGAUAUUCCGACAGAUGGACACGGACAAUGAUGGCAGACUUUCUCUUGAGGAAUUCAUCAAAGGUGCCAAAAGCGACCCCUCUAUUGUCAGACUAUUACAGUCUGACCAAAGCACGUCUCGACAGUUAUAAAUACAAAUGUGAAAAGCAGCUGACAGGCAACCACAAAAAGACAGAAAUAGUAGAAAGUUUGUUGCUUGAAUCUGAAUUCAAACAGUAUUUGAGUUGUCAUAAAUGUCUGGGCUUUGUUUAAUUUUAUUUUAAGGGAUGACCAAAAAUAUUUAGAGUAAUUUCAAUUACAUUCCACUAUAGGAGAUAAAUGACCAGGAAGUACUGCCUUCAUAUCCCCAAAAUGGCUGUUGGGCCAUUUGGGUGAAAACAUUUAGUAAACAUAUUUAAUUCAAAAUUAGAUCUAAAAAUAGUCAAAAAUUGCGUUGAAAUACACAACGUAAAAGUAGGCUACUGCUCUUUAUAGUACUAUCAUUAGAUGCUUUUGUCAGAUGUCGAUCAUGGGUUUACACUACAAGUGGUCUGGAUGCAUUUGAAGCAGCACUGACUGAAAGUGCUGACCUGCCAAUCAUGAUAGAUGUUGGGGCAUCAAAACGUCUAGUGCUUUAUUUUUUUUUUAAACAUAUUGCCUUGUUAGGUAUGUUUCAGAAUAUACUGAAAAUCUCUGUAUGCCCACAGACUCAAAGCUGCUUUGAUUUACACGUAUGUUUGUGCUCAAAUACAGCUUUUAGAUUUAAUUAGUCAAAAGAAAUAUACCAGAGCAUGUUUGGCAGUUUUUGUUAUCAGGAGUUGAUUCAGAAUGAUUUAAAAUAUAAUAUGGAAUGGCAAACUAUUUUAAAGUGCAAUAUAAUCGAAGCACAUGAGUCUAUUUUGCUGCAUUGUAACAUCUGAUUUAAAACCCGGUUGGCUUUAAUUCUUAAGUUCAUGAUAAGAAGGAAGAAAUGCAAGAGGACAGUCCAAAAUCCUUUUUUUUUUUUUUUUUUUUCACCAUAAUGCCCUCAAGGUAAACACCAGCAGGCUUUAGGCUGCUACGGUGGUUAAAUAAUUAAUAUUUCAACACUGUUAUCCAUUUGAAUAUAUGGAGCAGAUAGAAUAGCAGACAGGUGGUUAGUUUCUCCAUGUCCUUUCUCCAUUCCAAUGUCAGUAAAAACAGAAUAGAUGCUUUUGGAUAUUUAGCUGCAUAGAAUGUAAUGUUGAAGUUUCUCCAAGAUCUGUGUUAAUGCAGAGAAUGAACCUUCUUACUAUAAACAUUGCUGCUUGUUAGAUUGUGCUCUAAAUUUUCACUGUUGCAUGAAGUACAGUAUUUUUGUGCUCUAAAAAGCUCUAUGUAAAAUGCUUUGUUUUAAGAAAGUUUAAAUGAAAUGCCAAACCUAAUAUUUGUACUGGAUAUAUUAGAUUUAUGAGUCAUUUUUAAUUUUAUAUAAUAGUAAUUGUGCUAUAAGCAAUGAUGUUUCAACUAGAGACAAUAAUUCUGUCUUUACUGUAGCUGGGAAUGGGAUGUCCAGCCAUAUCUUGGUAAAGCCAAAGCAUCAGUGCAAAUCUUAAUGUUGCAUCUUAACUGAGCAGUGCACUUGUCUGCAUGAAUUCUCAAUAACCCACUGAUUCAUAGGCCAUUUAAGUCACUGGUGU